UUCUUGUGUGGUUAUUGUUAGAUUAUUUUUUAUUAAAAGCAUGAAGCUUAAAAGCGGACAGAGAUGGAGGAUCUGCUUGAGCUCUAUAUCUGGUUAUAUAUAUACAUGAGUUAUAAUAUAUUACCUGCUCUAUUUGUUUCUUCUUAAAGUAUUUCUAAACAACAAAACACCCAUUGUCUCUUGGGUUGAAUACAAUACGAUGAUUAUCGUAUGUAUUCAUUCAUAUAUGUUAAGCCUAGCUAAUCAAGUAUCAAUUUCUUUCUCUUUUAUCAUUUAGUUUUGGUUUUUUUUUUAUCUUUGGAUUUUCUUUUUGUACCCUACUAUUUUUUUUGUGUGUGUUUAAAACCAAGAUCCAUGACGCAUGAUGCCAAUUCUGGAGGUCUGGUUCAUUGGUUCAUGCAGUAGAAGAUGAUAAAAGGCUUAUUAUUCCAACCAUCAACAGCAACAAGAACGAGUUUUUGAAGAGAAUAUGUCGAAUUUGACUUCGGCUUCUGCAUCUGGUGAAGCCAGUGGUUCAUCCGGUAAUAGAAUUGAAGCUGGUUCCAAUUAUCCUCAACAAAACUUCACCACUCAACAACCUCAAGCUCUGCCGGCCAAGAAGAAGAGAAACCUACCAGGCAACCCAGGUUUGGGUUUUUUUUAUGUACUUGUUUUGUUUGUCUCCUUUUCAUUUUUUUUAUGCAUUUUUUUGGUGGGUUUUUUAUUUCUUGGAACCAGACCCGGUGCAGAAGUGAUAGCUUUGUCUCCUAAAACACUCAUGGCGACUAAUAGAUUCGUGUGUGAGAUCUGCAACAAAGGGUUUCAAAGAGACCAGAACCUUCAGCUUCAUAGAAGAGGACAUAAUCUGCCAUGGAAGUUAAAGCAACGAACAAGCAAAGAGGUGAGGAAGAAGGUAUACGUGUGUCCGGAAGCAAAUUGCGUUCACCAUGAUCCGUCGAGAGCGCUCGGAGACUUGACUGGAAUCAAGAAGCACUUCUCGAGGAAACAUGGCGAAAAGAAGUGGAAAUGCGAAAAGUGUUCGAAGAAGUAUGCAGUUCAAUCGGAUUGGAAGGCUCAUUCCAAGAUUUGUGGCACUAGAGAAUAUAGAUGUGAUUGUGGAACCCUCUUCUCAAGGAGGGAUAGUUUCAUCACUCAUAGAGCAUUCUGCGAAGCUUUGGCAGUGGAGAAUGCACGAGCCAACCCGUUUCUUUUCGGUCAUCAGCAAGGUGAAGCCUCGUCUCACAUUAAUUUACAAGCGCCCCAGUUCAAUCCCCAUGCAUUUUCACUUAAGAAAGAGCAGCAAAGUUUCACUCCUCUAAGGGCAGGGGCAGAGAUUCCUCCAUGGCUGGCCAGCCAAGCAAUGCUCGGGGCUGGUCCUGGCCCACAGCACCCUAUAGACCUUUCCUCCUCAUCAUCGUCAAUAUUCUCCUCGAGAUUAGAUCAUCAAGAUUUAACGCUACAUGGGAACCCCAGUCCUAACCCUAGUCUUGUCCCCACUCUCCCUCCUCCUCCAUACCAUGAAACGACAGUGCCUUCCCCUCACAUGUCAGCCACUGCAUUGCUUCAGAAAGCAGCUCAUAUGGGUUCGACCGUGAGCGUUAAAAUUGGGUCACCAACAAUACCGGCCUCGUUGAUUAGACCCCACCAACCGACUCACGUGUCUGCUGGUUCUGCAGGCACUAACAACAACACAACAACAGCUGGUUUUGGACUCGACUUGCCUUCACGUGAACAAGAACUCCAUGUGGGUAGUAGUGGUGCACUUAUCCAUGGCUUGCCUCCUUUCGGGAACAGUAAACCUGCUGCCUCCAUCGCAGGCGAUGAUGAUGAUGAUCAUCAUGACAACGUUGUCUCAGGUGCUACUCCUUCCCUUCUCCAAGACAUGAUUGAUUCUUUGUCUUCCGCCACUGGAUUUGUGGCCACUAAUUCCUUCGAUGAUCUCGCAUUUGGUGGUGGCAUCUUGAACACAAAGAAGAUAGAUGGGAGUUCCAUCAACGAAUCAUUCUCGAAAACAACGACGACAAACGCUACAACUCAGCAGAGUGAAGGCCUGACAAGAGAUUUCUUGGGUCUUACAGCUUUCUCUCAUGCCGAUAUUCUCGACAUCACUGGUCCCAGUACUUACUGCAUCGACACUUCGGAUGAGCAACGCGACCAGUCUCAAAAACCAUGGCAAGGUUAGGUAAUAUGCCAACUUUUCUUUCUUUCUUUUUUUAAUUUCAAUUUCUUUUCAAACAUAUCUUAAAUUUUAUAAUCUCUUUGCCACCAUCUUUCUAAAGGGAAGAACCUCUAAAGUUACUAAUAUAUAAUGUAAGAUCUUGAUAUUCAUUUAUGAUUAGCCCAUCAUACUAAUUCCGCCUUUUUGUUUAAA